UCUGGACCUUGAUAUUAGGCCGUACACCUCCCCAACACCAAACAUAGUGAAGAAGACAUCGAGAAAAUAUUUCGCCAUGGCUGAGACGCAACAGAGGCCCCAGAAGCGGGCGAAGUUGCUUGACCUAAACGACUCUGAUGAGGAAGAGGAUGCUCGCAAAACUGUCUCGUUCAAGGUCAACGAGAAGUAUGCAGCACGGUUUGAGCACAAUAAGAAGCGAGUGGAAAAACAAAGAUUAGAAGAGAAGUAUGGAAAAGGCGACCUCGAAACCUCCGAAUCCGAGUCCGACUCCGAUGAUGAGACCGAAGACGACGAAGGGAUGGCAGCGACGGUUAAGCGUGAUGCAGAGAUAUCGAAUCUGCUGAAUGCUAUCCGUUCCAAGGACCCUAGUCUCUACGAUGAAGGACGGAAGUGGUAUGAAGAGGAAGGCAACCCGGAUGAGGCCAACGGCACGGAGGCAAAGCUCAAGGAGAAGUCCAUGUCCCUCAAAGAAUACCACCGUAAAAACCUUCUUGGAGGAGCACAGAAGGACGACGACGAUACGGAACCACAGAUUCAAACCUACGAUGAGGAACAGCAGGAAUUGAAAGACGAUCUUAUUCGAGGGUUUAAGGACGCCGGCAACCAAGAAGACUCCGAUUCCGAUGAUGGCUUCCUUAAACAAAAGGAAGUCAUCAAAGCGGUCGAUUCAGCACCUAAAAUUACGGCCGACGAUAUCGAAAAGGCGGAUGAGGACCCCGAGGCCUUCAUGUCCAAAUACCUCUCAGCACGAGCAUGGGUUCCUACAGACAAAGCACGCUUUCAACCGCUCGAAUCCGACGACGAGGAGGAUGAUGUGCGCGCCGACGAGGUCGAGCAUGCGUGGAACAUGAGAUUCGAAGACCCCGAAACCGCGAAUGAGAAGCUCCGCACCCACUCACGUACCGUUACCGCAGAGAUGUCUGUGCGUCGCGAGAAGCUAAGCUCGAGAAGGCGAGCACGAGAAGCCGAGAAGGAGAGGAAGGAAGCGGACAAACAAGAACGGGAGGCGGAUAAGGCUCGGUUGAGGAAAUUGAAGAUCGAUGAAAUGGAGGAGAAAGUGGAGAAGAUCCGGGAGGUUGCAGGCCUUUCUGGAAAGGAGUUCCACAUUGAGGAAUGGGCUCGCAUUCUUGAAGCAGAUUGGGAUGAUGAUAAGUGGGAGAAGCAGAUGGCAAAGCAUUUCGGGAGCGAGUACUACGACGAGCGGGAGGACCGAGCUGAAGACUUUUUGGAUGGAGGCAUCUCUGGCAAUGACAAGAAGCACCGAAAGCUCAAGAAACCGAAAUGGGACGAUGAUAUUGACGUUGGUGACCUGGUGCCAGAUUUUGACGCGAACCCUGCGGAAGCGGCACGAAUCGCUCUCUCCGACGAGGAUGAAACACGCCCAGAGAGUUCGAAGGAUACGAACCUGAAGGAGGCCAAGAAGGAGAAAAAGCAUCAGGCCCGUGUGGAGCGCCGAAAGAUCGAAGCGCUCGUGGACGCGAACCUCGACAUCGACAUGCUCGACAACUCAGCCGAAGUGGGCACCUCCUCGAAGUCCAAGGGUACGGGUUUCUUCCGCUAUCGCGAGACGUCCCCGACCGCCUUCGGCCUCUCUCCCCUUGACAUUCUUACCGCGUCGGACGCGCAGUUGAACACAUACGCCGGCCUCAAGAAACUCGCGGCAUUCCGCGAUCCGAAGAAGAAGAGGAAGGAUAAGAAGGCGCUGAACAAUUGGGCGUUGCGGAAUUGGCGGAAGGAGACCUUCGGCACGGACGACGCGCCGACCGCGGAAAGGUUUCAAGAGCUUCUUAGGGGUGAGCAGAUUGGCAGGGCUGAGGAGAAAGGCUCCAAAUCGAAGAAGAGGAGCCGGCCAGCGGAGACGGAGAGCAAAGUGGAGAGCAAGGCGGACGACAAGGGCGGCAACGAGCAGUCGAAUGUGGUUGAUGGUGAGCGGAAGAAGAAGCGCCGCAAGCAGAAGAAGAGCAAGCUUGAAGGGGUCUCCCUUGAUACUUGAUUUCAACGCGGAGCCAAUCGAUCCCUGGGUAUUUAAUUCCGAUGGUCAAGUUGUAGAGCAAUGAAGCCGAUAGUGUGUAUUUCGGCCAUUCAAUCAUAUCAGAACUGAGUGCCUUUCAUAGAAGUAAUCCCAUCCCGAAUUCUGUGAGUC